AAGAAACAUGUUGCUGGAAAUAAAACUGUACUCGUAACCAGUGAUAUUUCUGAAGAAAACAUCGGAAAAAGGAUGAAAGAACGCAUUUUGUCUUUCGCGAAAGGCGCAGUUACACGUUGCGUGAGUGAACAUCGGUGAGAACGUAGUAUAGAAUCGGAACUCGAUCGAGGUCGAGUGUGCAAGAAUCGAUCGCUGUAUUUUCGUUUCCCCUUUAUUUUUUCGACGUCGGAGGGCCGACAACAGGGCGGUAAUUGUCGUGUUUUCGGUGUCAGGCUGAAAACGAAAUGCUGGAAACGACCAUAGGAGCGGAUACACGGUAAUUUUUCAUAGGCGAACAUCGGGUUUCGGUGCAAGAGCGCGUGUUUACGUGCGGGGCGAACCAAAACAUCAAUGACCUUGAAAGAAGAGCGGCCACGUGACCGAGAGGGAGCACAAGGAUUGGACGACCGAGGCGCAUAUAAUGUGUAUUGCGCCGUGCGCGGCCUGCGUCCCGCAUUCCGUGCCCGAUAGACGGCGGAGGUUUGCUUGAGAGAGGGGCGUCGAGGGGUCGAGAGACGGGGGCUACACGAGCGACGGCGACGAGAAAGACGAGAGAGAGUGCCGUUCGCCCGUACGUCCGUGUGUGUGCGCGCGCGUUGACUCGGUUGUGUGUUGUCCCAAGAUGAAGUCCGACUCUAAACCUUUGUUGACAGCUCAGGCGGAAAAGGCGAAUCAUUACACAUACUUGAAGGAAUUUCGCGUCGAACAAUGUCCCCUCUUUAUACAGCGCAAAUGCACACAGCACCGACCCUUCACGUGCUUCAACUGGCACUUUAUGAACCAGCGGAGGCGCAGACCGGUGAGAAAGAGGGACCGCACCUUCAACUAUAGCGCCGACAAUUAUUGCACCAAGUACGACGAGACCACCGGCAUAUGUCCAGAUGGGGACGAGUGUCCAUUUCUUCAUCGAACCGCGGGAGACACAGAAAGACGUUAUCACCUACGUUAUUACAAGACUUGCAUGUGUGUCCAUGAUACAGACACACGAGGAUUCUGUGUCAAGAAUGGACCUCAUUGUGCCUUUGCACAUGGCAAUCAUGAUCUUCGACCACCUGUUUACGACAUCAAAGAAAUACAGGCGCUGGAAAACCCUGAUUCUGAUCCGAAUUCAUCUUCAAACGGACCAAACAUACUGGACAAAGAGAGGAACUUGAUGAACGAGGAUCCAAAGUGGCAGGAUACAAAUUAUGUGCUCAGUAAUUAUAAGACAGAGCCUUGCAAACGCCCACCACGACUUUGUCGUCAGGGUUAUGCUUGCCCACAGUAUCACAAUAGCAAAGAUAAGAGACGUAGUCCUCGUAAAUACAAAUAUCGGUCAACACCGUGUCCGAAUGUGAAGCAUGGAGAAGAAUGGGGCGAACCAGGGAAUUGCGAACAGGGAGAUGCUUGUACGUAUUGUCAUACACGUACAGAACAGCAGUUUCACCCUGAAAUAUACAAAUCCACAAAGUGCAAUGACGUGCAGCAGGCCGGUUACUGUCCACGCGGAGUCUUCUGUGCGUUUGCACAUGUUGACCGUGAGUGUACCCUCAUAAAUCUGUUGCCAACAGAAGAAAUGAGCCUGGCGAGGGACAUGGCGGUACCUAUAGAUUGUGGCACCAAUCUGGCAGACAUUCUCAGUAAUGCGCUUCCACCUGAUAAACGAAGUCACGAAAAGGAUAAACCACUUAGCGAUAGCAGUAAUGGAAGCGGCGAAGUAUCAGAGUCAGCGAGUACUAGUAGCAUUGGUAGCAACAGUUCGCACAGUAAAGCUCCAGGUGCUCAACUUCAUAAUUCGAAUUCCAAUUCCGCCGUGAAUGCUUCUAAUCAGCAGAAGUUAACGAGCAUACUUUACAAUCCUAGUUCUCUUCUUCAGGUUGGCGAAAUUCGAAAGCAAAUGGUUGCUAUAGAUAGUGAUCCUCUGUUAACAAAAGCCGAGAAAGCUCAACAGAAGCAGAGUCUGUACAUUGCUUAUAGUUUAAAUGGAACCUUGGGCAGUCAUUCGUUAGCAACUACGGUUUCACCACUUUCAAGUUCAUUUUAUCCAAACGAUACCGUUGAAUCUGUAGUAGGAAACGCAUUAGACGAGUUGCAUUUAGAUGAUCCUUUAAAUUUAGUAGAAUCAAUUCAUAGGGAUACUAAUUCACCAAUUAGCAAUUCAAUAUCAGCAGGCCUAGCAAGCUCUGGAUUAUUGGGCAGCUCAGCUCCAGUUAAUAUUCCUGGAAUGGCUGAACGUUCGGUUCUUACCAAUUUCUCACCGUCUACAUCCAGUCCGCUUCAGCAAUUACAUUCGGCUAGUUUUCUCACUGGGUCCAGAUUUUCUCAUCAAGAUUCCAUGGAAUCGACAAUGCCAUUUAUGAAUCAAGUAUCAGAUCCAUUUAGCAAUCAUAUUUCACAACUUAGCAGUUCAGCAUCUAAACUUAGCGGAUUCAAUAGUAGCUUAUUUGAUUUCACGAAUCAAGGAAUGUCACCGUCACGUACACAACCCCUUCCAGCAUCUCCGUUGGUUAAUGCAUUUUCUAUCAGUCCUAGUAAUACAGGAUCUUUAUCUGAGGUACAAAGGCUUAGGGAAGAGUUAACGUCGAGCCGCGCCCAAUUAGCAACAUGGGAUGAACGAAUUAAUCAAGCCAGGGCGGCUUGCGCGGCAUGGCAAUUAGAGACAGAGGAAGCCACGAGCAGAGCAAGGAUUGCUGAACAGCAAAGAGACGAGGCCUUAUUGAAAGUGAAAGCAUUGGCGGCUGAAAAUGAAGCGUCUAGCGGUGGCCCUUACCUUCAUACAAUAAGAAGAACAAGCGAGCUCAGAUCGUUAUCUAUAGCUGCGUUAAAGUCAAUACAAUCGCAGCUCCGUUCGGAUCUCGAAGAAGUGGAAAAGGUGCUGUACAGAGAAACGGCAACAAAGUGCAUGGUUUGUGAGGAACAAAAUCGCACUGUUACCCUCUCGCCCUGUAACCACUACGUGGUCUGCUCGACGUGCGCUCCAAAUCAACGAGAGUGCCCGUACUGCCAGACUCCGGUUGUCUCCACGAGUUAGGUCUGAAUAAUAAUUUUGUUAGAGCUCCCCGUUGUUACAAUUGCCGCAGUUUUCUCAGUAACAAGGACUAAAUAUUUAUCAUGAAACUCCGUAUGUGAGUAGGCGUUAGAGAACUUGA